GACACUCUGUACGAGGCGGUGAAGGAGGUGCUGCAGGGCAGCAAGACCAAGAAGCGCAAGUACGAGCCCUGCCCUGUGCCCGGCUGAGGCCUCGCGCCCCGUGCAGGGCCUGACCUGGAGCUCUUCCCUCAGGUUUGUGGAGACGGUGGAGCUGCAGAUCAGCCUGAAGAAUUAUGACCCGCAGAAAGACAAGCGGUUCUCCGGCACCGUCAGGUUGGCCAUCCUCCUGCUCACACCCAGCCUUCAGCCCGCGGCCCUCGGCCAAGGGCAGCUUCCCUGCUGCAGGCCGCGCUGCUGAACGCCCCGGGUAGUUCAGACCGUCACCCCCGAGCGGGUGCGGCUGGACGGACCCCCACCCUGGGUCUUAAAACAUGAGGGGAGGUGCGGGGCGCUGCCCCCACCGCCCUGCCCCAGAGGCAGGUUCUGAGCGUGGAGGAAGAUGUGAGGCGCUGCGGCUGAAGUCGACCCCACGGCCCAAGUUCUCUGUCUGCCUGCUGGGGGACCAGCAGCACUGCGAUGAGGCCAAAGCGGUCGAAAUCCCUCACAUGGACAUAGAGGCUCUGAAGAAGCUCAACAAAAACAAGAAGCUGGUGAAGAAACUGGCUAAGAAGUACGACGCCUUCCUGGCUUCAGAGUCCUUGAUCAAGCAGAUUCCUCGAAUCCUGGGUCCGGGUCUGAACAAAGCCGGCAAAUUCCCUUCUCUCCUCACUCACAACGAGAACCUGGUGGCCAAGGUUGAUGAGGUCAAAUCUACCAUCAAGUUUCAGAUGAAGAAGGUGCUCUGUCUGGCUGUGGCUGUUGGUCAUGUGAAGAUGACAGAGGACGAACUUGUCUACAACAUCCACCUGGCCAUCAACUUCCUGGUGUCCUUGCUGAAGAAGAACUGGCAGAACGUGCGUGCUUUGUAUAUCAAGAGCACCAUGGGGAAGCCCCAGCGUCUGUACUAACUGGGUGGCAAUAAACUUUUAGGACAUCUUA